GUAAUUACUUAAAAAUACGAACACAUUAUAAAACCAACAUUCUAUAUUAAUAAAGAUAAUUUUUUUCAAUAAAAAUAUCGGAAAAUUCAGACUUUAGAGUAAAACUUAUUUUUCCUUGAAACGGCUUCGGGGUCCAUAGUUACAAAAAUUUCUGACUUUCAGUGUUGCACGAUUUCAAUUUAUUGUUUCAGAGCAAUUGUAAUAAACAUUCUACAACGUCAUUUGUCGGUGUGUAUAUUUUACAACGUGAUUUAAACAAAGUUUUUAACUUUUAAAAAUAUAAAACCUGUCUUUUUUUAUGCAAACUAUUUACAUUCUGGUCACAAUUUCAAAAUCACUCGUAUGUGAAGUUUCGAUCACGUGUUAAUGUUUUUAUUUUACGCAUGAGUGCGACCGGGGUGUUAAUCCCGAUUUCCAUUUUGUUGCGCAUUUAAACAUUUAACACGGCAAUUAUCAUGUAUAAAAUAGCUCGUUCGCUUUUAAACCUACCUGUGAAGUCUCAGGCUGUGAAGGCAGCGCUAUCUUACGUACAAGGUCAAUCGCCGAAACGCAACACGCGAGAAUAUUUUUACUAUAUUGACCAUCAAGGCCAAUUGUUUAUGGACGAUGCAAAAGUUAAAAAUUUUAUUUCAUGCUUUAAAGAAAAAGAUUUUCUUGCAUUUUUCUUCAGCCGUAUUCGUCUGAAUAGGACAGGACGUUACGAAGACGACUUUCCGUAUUUUUCACCGUGUGGAAGAGAGAAGAAUUACAUUAGGUGUGACGAUCUUCCUAUUGUAUUUACUCAUAUUCUAAAACAAGAUUCUGAAUCUGAUGAUAAAGAUUUCCUUUCAUACGGAUAUGCAGGGGACAAACUAACUUUUCCUUUCCAACCUGAACACCUGUGUAUGCUGCCUGACACUGGCCGGGUAUAUCAUCCAGCCCCAGAUAAAACUGGUGGGGUUGGAUUAGUAAAAUCAAAACUUGCAAUAGAAAUAAGUCAGUAUUUUGGAUAUAACAAACCAUCUGAUACAAGUAUAUUGCAACCCCCUGACUUUUUUACUUGGGGUGGAAAAACUUAUCUUUUGAGCAACCAAAUUUUUAACAAAGUAUUAAAAAAGGAAUCAUAGCUUUAUUACAAUGUCUUCUAGUAGUCUUCAACUUACAGGUACACUAUGCAUGUUGUAUUUUCUACAAGGCAUACCAUACGGUGUGCAAGCAAAAGCUUUGCCAUUGUAUUACCAUAAUGUGUUAGGUUACACAAUUAUGUCAGUAACAAAGCUUUAUUUAUUAAUGACACCUUGGAUAUUUUUGAAACCAAUUGCUGGUUAUUUCAUUAAAUCCCAAAAAGAUGCAAAAUCUGCAAUUUUGGUUGGGUUGGUUGUGAAUUUUGUUGUAAACUCUUUAUUAUUUUUUCCAAGUCCAAAAUCGUAUUGGGGAAACAUAUUUGUCUUGUUUGCUCUUUUUUUUGUCAAUUGUUUAGUUGUAUUAAUAGAUGCCGCAACAGAUUUGUUAGCAAUAUCAUCUGCCAACUCCACUAAUGAUAUAAAGCAUCUAAGUGUAGCCAAUCUUAUUCAAAUUGUAUCUUACAAAUGUGGGGCAAUUUUUGGUGGCUCAACGCUGGUAAUUCUUGGCUUUAAUAAUCUACAUUCAAUGUUUCUUAUCGUGGGAAUAAUUUAUCUAUUUGCAGCUCUAACAUUUAGGAUAUUCUAUAGCUCUGAGACCCAUAAUAGCCCACACAUAGAGAGCACUGAACCAAAUACAACAUCUUCUAUUUACAAGCUAAUUAGUACUUUAUCCGUACAAGGAACUACCCCAUUGCUUGUUUUUGUUUUCAUUUACAAAUUUGGUGAAAUAGCUUCAGGAUCCCUGUACCCGAUUCUGCUGACUCAGCAAAAAUUAAGUUCCGAAAAUGUCACAUUCCUGACAAGCAUUAUAAGCGAAGUAUUGUCACUAUUAGGUUCAUUUUCGGGGGGAUUUUUCUGGUCAGCGGUUAAACCUGUUUCUCCUAUUCAAAUGUUAGUAAAAUAUUUAUUAUCUCUAAGUGUCUUACGAGUAAUACCUUUAGCUCUACAAGUUGUGUCUAUUAACUACAGUGCAAACUUAUUUCCUAUGGCAAUAUUAUCCACAAGCAUGUUGUCUUACUUUGGUGGAUGUGUGAGCACGCUAACAUUUACAUUAAUGAUGUCGGUGUCAUGCAAGGCACCUGAUAAUCUUAAAGGUUUUCAUUAUAGUAUUGUGUCUGCAUUUGAAGUUUGUGGAAAACUAUUUUUUGCUUCAUUUGCUGGUACUAUGUUUAACUGUUUUGGGUUAAAUAAGUCAUAUUUCUUGUUUUGUGCAUUUACAUUUAUAGCAUCAUCCGUUUUGUUUGUUUCACGAAAUAAGUUCAUUUUGAAACCUAAAGAGCAAUAAUAAACUUCAUAUAAAUGUUUCUUCA